AUGAGAAUUCAAAGUAUAAGAGGUAAUCUAUAUAAUAUUUCACAAAAUAAUCAAUGGUGUACAAUUAUUGCCUAUUUUUGUUUUUCAUUUAUAUCUGUAAUUUAUUAUACUUACUGUUUACAAGCAUUUUAUCGUCUUAUUCGUGUAGUAUUUUAUAAAAAAAAAUUUUUAAAAUCUUAUUCUAUUUAUGUUUUUCUCUGUAUUUUAACAUGGUUAAUAGGAUUUCUUGUCAUAUUACCAUUGUUAACAUUAAAUACAAUUGAAUAUUUACCUAAUGAUUAUUAUUGUCAUUUACCAUUUCACAAUUUUCCAGUUAUUACCUACGGUUUCUUAAUUAUUUACAUUUUACCUAUUUGUCUUGUUAGUAUCAUUUAUAGAUGGAUUGUUGUCUCUGUUAGACGACCAUUAUUAAAUAAACCAAUUAUUCGUUUACAAAAUAUGCGUGAUUUUAAAAUAGUUAAAAAAAUUUAUUUAAAUAUUUCUAGUGUAAUAUUAUCAGCAUUUAUUGGUCUUAUAUUUUUAAUUAUUUCAUGGUUAACGGGACAUUUAAAUUCAAUGACAUACUGUUUAGGUUGGUUAUGUGCAUCAUUUUCAUUUUUAUUUCAAAGUUUAAUAGUUAUUUAUUCAACACCACAACUUGAAAAUAUAUGUAAACAAUUUAUGACAAGAAAUUUUUACACUUUACCUAAUACGACAUAA